AUGGAUCAAACCGAGAGAAGAAGUAUUAGUUUAAUACGGUCAAGCAGCAGCAUAGUAAUCAGUAGUAAUGAUCCAAAGCGCACUAUGAAGAGUUCAAUAAAAAGCAUAUCAAGACACCGUCGCCACCAGAACCGAGUGGGCAGCUGGUCAGCGUCAAGCACUGUUUCACAAGAUCAAAAUGAUAAAUCAACUCGAACUGUCCAGCUGGUAGGGAUACACAAUCAGCUUCAGCUUCCUAAUACAAAUAAACCACCCCAUAAUAAACCUUAUGUGAAGACCAAGACUAAAUUCAAGACAAGUAAGCGGUUUCAUCGAAUUGUGCUGGCACAAACGCUAGCAGUAGAUACCACUGACGUCUAUGCCACCGCUGGGUUAUCUGUGAAUGGCAUAGAUGAAGAAGAAGAUGCCAAACGCCCUUUAGACGCAAUAUGGGCCAUAAGCUUCAGUAAGGAUGGCAAGUAUAUGGCUACUGGUGGGCAAAACUGCGUUAUCAAUGUUUGGAAAGUAUUGAGAGACCUUGAUAGAAGCGAUAAUAUGAGUAUACAAGAUAUAUCACCUCAUCAACCAUCCAUCAAGGUGUUUCAUGACAUUCCCAUAAGAGUCUAUACUGGACAUAAAGCUGAUGUUCUCGAUAUAUGUUGGUCAAAGAGCAAUUUUCUGAUUUCUGGAUCCAUGGACAAAACUGUCAGGUUAUGGCAUAUAUCCCAGGACGUCUGCUUGUGUGUGUUUCGGCAUUUGGAUAUCGUCACUAGCGUAAAGUUUCAUCCCAAGGACGAUCGGUUUUUUCUUUCUGGGUCAAUGGAUAGCAGACUUCGGCUUUGGAGUAUUCCCGAAAAGCGAGUUGCAUUCUGGAAUGAAAUACAAAGUGGCAACAUGAUUACAGCAGUAGGAUUUACUAUAGAUGGUAAAACGGCUUGUGCAGGCGCAAGUACGGGAGAUGUGUUCUUUUUUGAGACUCAAGGCUUAAAGUUUAAUACCCAAAUCCUUGUGAAAAGCGCUCGUCAAAAACAUGGCAAGAAAGUAACUGGCAUUGAGCCUAUGCCUAAUCUGCCAUCAAGUGAAAACCGAAUUAUAGUGACAACAAAUGAUUCUAAAAUAUGGAUGAUCAAUAUAAAAGACAAGAGCAUCAUGUACAAGUAUAAGGGAUUAGAUAACACAACUAUGCAAAUAAGAGCCAAGUUCAGUGAUGAUGGACGUUAUAUCGUGAGUGGAUCAGAGGAUGGUCGCAUAUACCUGUGGUGUACAGACCAAGUGACAUACUUUCCAUUCCAGCACAUCUAUGAAAACUACAUCAAAUCACCUAGACUAAAUAAUAUAGAGAGCAAAAUAUUACGAAUUAUGCAAGAAGAAAGGUUACCUCAAUACCAAUCCCGUGGUAUAUCGGGAUGGCUGAAGAAAGGUGGAAGAAAAGUGAGUCAUAAACUUCGCAGUCUUGACGAAAGCUUUCAUGCGCAUGAACACAUUGUCACAUCAACAGCAUUUGCUCCAACAAAAACUAAACAAUUGCUGGCAAGUGCAGGAGGGGAUAUCAUCUUUGACAACACGCCUGUGUAUGCAUUUAAAGAAGUCGAUUAUGGAAAUACCACACAAAAUAGAACAGAUGAUAGUAGCGCAUCAUCAUCAGAGAAUCACUUGCCCAACUCAAAGAGCAAAAGAAACUCACAGCUUAUACUCGAUGAGGCAAUACCAGAGGAAAGGCAGUGUUUUAAUUAUCCCGAUAGUCAGAUCAUUGUCUCUGCUGACCUACACGGAUCAAUUAAAGUAUGGAGAAUGGACUCUGGUAUCUACGGCGCCGAAACGUCGCCGUCAUCUUGA